GCAAAGAAUGGCGUGGAAAAAUUGGAUAAAGAUGGGAUUUUUAUGGUUUAUCUGCCUCGAAUCGGUGGUCUUGAGCGCCACGGACCCGGGCGAUUACGCCGUUCUUGAUGAAUUCCGGAGAGGGUUGUCCAACUCGGAGCUGCUCGAGUGGCCUACGGACAACAACGAUCCCUGCGGCAAUCCGAGAUGGCCUCACGUCGGCUGCUCCGGUUCUCGGGUGACACAGAUUCAGUUGCAGAGCAUGGGAUUGAGCGGGCCUCUGCCUCAGAACUUCAACAAGCUCUCCAUGCUGACCAACAUUGGUUUUCAGAGGAACAAGUUCACCGGAAAGUUGCCAUCGUUCAAUGGUUUGUCUAGUCUGCAGCGUGCCUAUCUCGAUCUCAAUCAGUUCGACACCAUUCCCUCGGAUUUCUUCGUCGGCCUCGAUAAUCUGCAGGUUCUAACUUUGGAUCAUAACCCUCUGAAUCAGAGUACCGGGUGGACCUUGCCGUCGGACUUGGCCAAUUCGGCGCAGCUGAUGAAUCUGUCCCUGGUCGAGUGUAAUCUUGUCGGUCCGCUGCCGGAAUUCCUGGGAAGCAUGAAGUCUUUGACGGCUCUGAGGAUAGCUCAGAACAAAUUCACUGGUGGGAUUCCGACAAGCUACUCAGGUAUGCCAUUGCAGGUCCUAUGGCUGAACGAUCAGGAAGGUGCAGGAUUAACCGGCUCGAUCGACAUCAUUGCUAGCAUGACAAUGCUGAGUGACGCUGUGGUUUAUGGAAAUCAGUUCUCAGGGCCUAUUCCCAGUUCGAUCGGCUCAUUAACUUCACUGAAACGGCUGCUCCUCAACAGCAACCAGUUUGUCGGCCUUGUUCCUGAGACUUUGAUGAGUUUGCCGAUGCUUCAGUCACUGCGUUUGGACAAGAACAUGCUCAUGGGGCCAAUUCCAAAGGCGAGCUUCAGUGACUUCAAUUAUGCUCAUAAUUCGUUUUGCCAAUCAACACCAGGAGUGCCUUGCUCACCACAAGUCGAUGCACUUUUGGAAUUCCUUGAAGAAGUGAAUUAUCCAUCAAAGCUCACUCGUUCUUGGUCUGGCAAUGAUCCUUGCGCCGGGCCAUGGUUCGGUAUUUCCUGCUCCGAUGGCAAGGUUUCCAUUAUAAAUCUUCAGAACUCUCAAUUAAGUGGCACGAUUAGUGAAUCUUUGGGUAAGCUGGAUUCUCUCAUGAAUUUGAUUCUGAAGGGUAACAAUCUUACUGGCCCAAUUCCUCCUAGCAUGACAAGCUUGAAAUCGUUGAAGACACUGGACCUUUCUUACAACAAUCUCUCACCUCCUGUUCCUCAAUUCCCUAGUACUGUGACAGUCCUCCUUGAGGGAAACAAGUUGUUGAAGAAUUCUCCUCCUCCACCAAAAUCUCCUCCUCCAGCAUCUCCUCCUCCUCCAUCUCCUCCCAGUUCCGGCAGCAAUAACCCACCUGCCUCGCCUAGCCACACAUCUUCAUCUUCUACUUCUAGCGCGAAGAUCAUCAUUGCAACUGUAGUUGGAGCCUCAGUUAUACUGUUUGCCAUUCUAUUUUGGUACUGCCGUCGGAAGGGUAAAACCAAUGUGACUGCAGUGCCAAAUUCCUCCAUCUUGCGUCUUACGAAUCCUGAUGAUCCAGAAAGCUCAGCUGAUUUGACACCUAAAAUUACUAUCAGUAUCGGUGAUCAUAGUGGCACACCCGCCAUCAACUCAGGCAACCUGACGAUAACAAUCCAAGUGCUUCGAGUUGCUACGAAAAACUUUGCUCCCGAGAAUGUUCUUGGUCGGGGUGGAUUCGGUGUGGUCUACAAGGGGGAGUUGCAUGAUGGAACAUUGAUAGCAGUGAAGAGGAUGGAGUCUGGUGUUCCAAAUAACAAAGCUUUCGAUGAAUUCCAUUCUGAGAUUGCUGUUCUUUCAAAGGUCCGACACCGUAAUUUGGUCUCUAUUCUUGGUUACUCUGCAGAGGACAAUGAGAGACUUCUAGUAUACGAGUACAUGCAUCACGGAGCUUUGAGCAAGCAUCUCUUCCAAUGGAAGGAGCAGGGGUUGGAACCUUUGUGUUGGAAGAAGAGACUAACCAUCGCAUUGGAUGUUGCCCGAGGGAUGGAGUACCUUCAUUGUUUGGCUAACCAGUCCUUCAUUCACCGGGAUCUCAAGUCUUCCAACAUACUACUAAGAGAUGAUUACAGAGCAAAAAUUUCAGAUUUUGGACUGGUCAAAUUUGCCACAAACAAUAAAGCAUCUAUUGCAACUAGACUUGCUGGGACAUUCGGAUACUUGGCUCCAGAGUAUGCUGUGACCGGCAAAGUUACGACCAAAGUUGAUGUCUUCAGUUUUGGUAUUGUGCUCAUGGAGCUACUGACUGGUAUGAUGGCACUGGAUGAGAAACGACCCGAUGAAAGCUGCUACCUGGCCUCCUGGUUCUGCAGGAUGAAGGCCAGAUCGGAGGAUCUAAGGAGCAUCAUUGACCCGUCUAUAGACAUCACCGAUGAGACGUUCGAAGGUGUUUCCAUCAUUGCUGAACUAGCAGGCCAUUGUGCCGCACGCGAGCCUCACCAGCGGCCUGAUAUGGGGCAUGCAGUCGGUGUACUUGCUCCGCUUGUCGAGAAAUGGAUACCAACAACAACCGGUGAUCAGGAACAGGAUUACUACGCUUUAGAUUUUCAUCAACCCCUUCUUCAGAUGGUGGAGAGAUGGCAGCAUGCUGGUGAUACUACUAGUUCGAUCAACCUUCAAGACAGUAAAGGAAGCAUCCCAGCCAGGCCUGCUGGAUUCGCGGAGUCCUUCAAUUCUGCGGAUGGCCGGUGA